GGGACUCAUUCAGCAUGCUAAAUCAACUUGAACGAAGUUAGCGCCGGUGUGCGAUAAUUUUUGACUUGUCGAUACAGUAAUUCUAAUUUUAGAUUUCGACUAGCACCCUUAAAUAAUCACGAGUCGAACGAUAUACCGCACCUUCGUAACGGCACCCGCACUGUUAGAGCGAGGCAUCAAGCCAAAUCAAGCUCGAAAUGUACUCUGUGCUGUUCAAGCAGGAGCAAGCCCAUGAGGACUCCAUCUGGAGUUGUGCUUGGGCCAAGUCAGCAAAAGAUGGAACCAACCGGAUUCUCACUGGCUCUGUGGAUGAUACCGUCAAGUGCUGGAAGUGGAAUGAGGACUCGCUGGAAUUGCUUCACGUGCUUGAGGGGCAUGCGCUCGGCGUGGUUUCAGUGGACAUUUCUCACGAUGGCGACGUGGCUGCAUCUAGCUCCUUAGACAGCAAUAUCAAGUUGUGGGAUUUGGAGACAGGAGAAGAGAAGAAGAGCAUAGAUGCUGGGCCAGUGGAUGCCUGGUCGGUGACAUUCUCACCCGAUUCCCGUUUCCUGGCCUCUGGCUCACACUCUGGGAAAAUCAACCUCUACGGGGUCGAGUCAUGCAAACUGGAGUCUUCACUUGACACCACUGGAAAAUUUACUCUCAGCAUUGCUUUUAGCCCUGACGGAAAAUACAUUGCCAGCGGUGCCAUUGAUGGGAUCAUCAACGUGUUUGACAUCUCCACAGGAAAACUGGUGCACACAUUAGAAGGCCACGCCAUGCCCAUUCGGUCACUGACCUUUUCUCCCGACUCUCAAAUGCUUGUGACCGCAUCAGAUGACUGCCACAUCAAGGUCUAUGAUGUGCAACAUGCUGGUUUGGUGACAACGCUGUCUGGUCACGGUUCCUGGGUGCUUCACGUGGCAUUCUGCUCGGAUAAUGCUCACUUCGCUUCAAGUUCCUCUGAUCGGACUGUGAAGGUCUGGGACUUGGCAGGCAAGGAGUGUGUGCACACGUUCAGCGAACACUCGGACCAGGUCUGGUGCACCAAGUACAACCACAACGGUAGCCGCCUCGUAUCCGUGUCUGAAGACAAGAGCAUCAUUGUCUAUGACUGUCCUGUGUAAAUAAAGCCAUGCUUCAUCACUGGCA